AUGGAAGACUUUAACAUGGCAACGAAGAUACCCAGUAACAGGCUGAAGAAAAGAACCAGAACGAGAUUAUCAUGUGCUGGGACUUCUUUUGGGGCCAGAGACUUGAUCCUCCACCAGCCUGAUCUCCAGCUAAAGGAGAAAUUUGAAAUCUUGAACCUGGACGUGAAAGCAGGGAGCACCCUGAAGAUAAAGGGCAAGGUCGCCAAUGAUGCUGAGAACUUUGUGAUUAACCUUGGCAAGAGCCCUAGUGAGCUGGGGCUGCACUUCAACCCUCGCUUCAAUGAAUCCACCAUCAUCUGCAACUCCAGAUGUGCCAACUGCUGGCAGUCGGAGCACCGCGACAACCACCUGCCGUUCUCCCGGGGCUCGGAGGUCAAGUUUAUCGUCAGCUUCCUGGGAGACAAGUUCAAGGUGAAGCUGCCGGACGGGCAUGAGGUGGAAUUCCCCAACCGGCACGGCUACGACAAGAUCAGCUACCUGAGUGUGCAGGGCGGGUUCAAAGUCCUCUCCUUCAAACAAGAAUGAUGGGCCCCGCUUCCCUGCUCUAAUAAAGACCCCUGGUGAGGGG